UCUUGCGUGUCGUCCACGUGCGUUCUUAAAUUGCGGAGAUUGCUUCGGAACUGAUAUCAUGUCUUACUACGAACAUAUAGUCCUUGACAACAACAACUCGGAGUCCGGAUCUGGAUCUGACUUUGACAUACCCGAGGGUUUAGAAACUCCCUGCGACAGAAACCUGAGCAAUGAUUUCCAAAGGAUAUUCCUCCCAACAGUGUACGGGAUCAUUUUUCUUCUGGGAAUCAUUGGCAAUGGACUGGUGGUGGUCGUGAUGGGCUACCAGAAAAAGUCAAGAACCAUGACAGACAAAUACAGGCUGCACCUCUCUGUAGCUGACCUCUUAUUUGUGCUCACGCUGCCCUUCUGGGCUGUGGAUGCUGCCAGCAGUUGGUACUUUGGGAGUUUCCUCUGCGUUACCGUGCACAUGAUCUACACUGUCAACCUCUACAGCAGCGUGCUGAUUCUGGCGUUCAUCAGCUUGGACCGGUACUUGGCGGUGGUUCAUGCCACCAACAGCCAGACCCCGAGGAAGAUCCUGGUAGAGAAAGUGAUUUAUGUGGGUGUGUGGCUGCCCGCUGCCCUGCUCACGGUACCUGACCUGAUGUUUGCCAAGUCCCAGGACAUGGACAGCAGGGUGAUAUGUGACCGCGUCUACCCACUGGAAACUCUUACCACCUGGAUGGCCGCUUUCCAUUUCCAGCACAUCCUGGUGGGCUUCGUCCUGCCUGGCCUAAUCAUCCUUACCUGCUACUGCAUCAUUAUUUGCAAGCUGUCCCGGGGCUCUAAGGUGCAGCAGAAGCGGAAGGCGCUGAAGACCACCGUCAUCCUCAUCGUGUGCUUCUUCGGCUGCUGGCUGCCCUACUGCACGGGCAUCUUCGUGGACGCCCUGGUGCUGCUCAAAGUGAUCCCCCACAGCUGCGACCUGGAUGAGAGUCUAGCCAAGUGGAUCCCAAUCACUGAGGCCCUGGCCUACUUUCACUGUUGCCUCAACCCAAUCCUCUAUGCCUUCCUCGGCGCUAAGUUUAAGAAAUCGGCCCAGAACGCGUUGACUGUGAGUCGCGGAUCCAGUCUGAAAAUGCUGUCCAAGAAAAGAGCUGGUCUGUCAUCAAUUUCUACAGAAUCGGAAUCUUCCAGCUUCCAUUCUAGUUAACCCACAAUUAGUAGCUAGUAGUAAAUUAGAUUCAGAGAACAUGUUUUGAAAUAGAGGCAUGAGUGACAACUUGAACUCCUUACAUGUUCUACAUGUAUGAUUCAAGAUUCUUGUGUAUGUAUGUGUAUAUAUAUAUAUAUAGUUUUAUAUACCUUCUUAUGAAUUGUUGAUUGCCUAUUCUCAUGUAUAUUUAAGCUUGCAAUCAUUAUAUACACCAAAGAAGAUAUGGAAAUGUUCAGGCAGAGCCUACUGGCCAUUGAUUGGCUACUUCUGUUCAAGAAUAAAAUGAAUUUUGUGCUAGCCUCAGUGUUAAGUCCAGGUUAAGCUCCAAACCAAUACAAACAGACAGACACAAAAAGUAUUACUUGUUUUUUUUUGCUGACCAUAUACCCAUAAAGUCAACUGAAUUUACCACCUUCAUAUAUCUACAUACUGUUAUACAAUUUGUAAAUAGUCAUUAGCUUUUUUUUUUGUUAGCACUUAUGUUUACUGAAAAACUGUUAUUUAUUAAUGCUGUGGUUCAUGUAAGCUGACAGAAGCAGGGUUCUGUGUGUAUACAAACAAUCCCAGUGGCCACUUUCACUAUUAAGAUGUUCAGAAAUAAAAAAAAUGAAAGGAA